CACACACACACGUCUCCAACUAGAUGAUUCGUUUUGAGUUCAAUGAGUGGACAUGAUCUGAAUUCAGCCUGAAGUGGGAUUGUGCGUCGGUAUCACCGUAAUCUAUCCUAACCCAUAACACACGAGCGGCAGUCGGGACAAAGAUGCGACGAUGAGCCAGCCUCAGUUGAAUGAGUUCCUUCCCCCUCCGGAGUGUCCUGUUUUUGAGCCGAGUUGGGAGGAAUUUGCCGACCCCUUUGCGUUCAUCAACAAAAUACGACCGAUUGCGGAGAAAACCGGGAUUUGCAAGGUCCGACCACCGCCGGAGUGGCAGCCACCGUUUGCCUGUGAUGUGGACAGACUACAUUUCACACCAAGGAUACAAAGGCUUAACGAGUUGGAGGCUCAGACCAGAGUGAAACUCAACUUCCUGGAUCAAAUUGCAAAGUUCUGGGAGUUUCAAGGGUGCACUCUGAAAAUCCCUCAUGUGGAGAGAAAGAUUUUGGAUCUGUAUCAACUAAACAAGUUGGUGAAUGAAGAAGGAGGAUUUGAUGCAGUAUGCCGAGAGAGACGUUGGAGUAAGAUUUCAGUUAAGAUGGGCUUUGCUCCUGGCAAGGCCAUUGGCUCUCAUCUGCGGGCACACUAUGAGAGGAUCCUCUACCCUUACAACCUGUUCCAGACCGGAGCCAAUCUUCUGAAGGCCACCUUGACCAAUGACACCAAGGAUAAGGAGUACACUCCCCAUGAUCUGCCCCAGCGCCAGUCUGUCCAGCCACAAGAGACCUGCAGCAUUGCUCGCCGUGCCAAGAGGAUGAGAUCUGUGAGGGGCUGUGUUAAAGCGGAGCAAGGGGAAGUCUGUGAGAAUCGUCCCAAUCUAAGGAGGAGGAUGGGAAUGUGUGUUGCCAAGCCGGGUUCUGAGCGAAUGGCAGCAUUUCAAAUGAAACAGGAACCCAUCAAACAAGAGGAUCCAAAAGAUGACAGAGAAACUUUGCAGGGCAAGAAACAUGACCCUCUAGUGGACCAGUACAUGUGUCUGGUUUGUGGUAGUGGGAGUGCUGAAGAUCGUCUGCUGUUGUGCGAUGGCUGUGAUGACAGCUACCACACCUUCUGUUUGAUUCCACCCCUCCAUGACAUCCCCAAAGGAGACUGGAGAUGUCCCAAAUGCCUGGCUCAGGAAUGUGGAAAACCUCCUGUCGCCUUUGGCUUUGAGCAGGCCAACAGAAACUACAGCCUCCGGUCUUUUGGAGAUAUGGCUGAUUCAUUCAAAUCUGACUAUUUCAACAUGCCAGUUCAUAUGGUUCCUACUGAGCUGGUGGAAAAGGAGUUCUGGCGUUUAGUCAGUACUAUUGAAGAAGAUGUCACUGUGGAGUAUGGGGCAGAUAUUGCCUCCAAGGAGUUUGGGAGUGGAUUCCCUGUUAGGAAUGGUCACAUUGAAGUCGGCCCUGAGGAUGAGGAUUAUCUUUCCUGCGGGUGGAACCUCAACAACAUGCCAGUGCUGGAUGCAUCAGUGCUGACUCAUGUUACGGCUGACAUCUGUGGAAUGAAGUUGCCCUGGCUUUACGUGGGCAUGUGCUUCUCUUCCUUUUGCUGGCAUAUUGAGGACCACUGGAGCUACUCCAUUAACUACCUUCACUGGGGGGAGCCAAAGACAUGGUAUGGGGCCCCGGGUUAUGCUGCAGAGCAUCUUGAGGCGGUCAUGAAAAAACUGGCACCCGAGCUGUUUGAAUCCCAGCCAGACCUCCUGCACCAGCUUGUCACCAUCAUGAACCCCAAUACACUAAUGAACAAUGGAGUUCCGAUCUAUCGCACCAACCAAUGUGCUGGUGAGUUUGUCAUCACCUUCCCCAGGGCCUACCACAGUGGAUUCAACCAGGGCUUUAACUUUGCUGAAGCUGUUAACUUCUGCACAAUGGACUGGAUGCCUAUUGGUCGUAAGUGUGUGGAGCACUACCGUCAGUUGAGUAGAUACUGUGUCUUCUCUCAUGAUGAGAUGGUUUGCAACAUGGCCUCCAAGUCAGACACAAUGGACAUGGACCUUGCCUUUGCGGUGCUAAAAGACAUAACCAUCAUGAUCCAGGAAGAAGAGGAAUUGAGGGAAAAGGUCACAAAUGAGGGAGUGGUGCAGUCUCGGCAGGUAGAUUAUGAAAUGCUGCCAGAUGAAGAGCGGCAGUGCUGCAAAUGUCGGACCACCUGCUACCUGUCUGGCAUUACCUGUCCCUGCAGUCCUAACAAGCUGUCAUGUCUAUUCCACGCCAAAGAACUCUGUUCCUGCCCCCCGACCAGUCAUGUGCUCUGUUACAAGUUUACACUGGCAGAAUUGUACCCCAUGAGGGCAGUCAUUAAACUACGUGUGGAGUCCUACAAAACCUGGGUCUGCAAUGUCAAGGAUAUUGUGGCGUUAAAGCAAAACAAGAAAAGAGGCUUGGAAGAGCUUCGCAGCUUGGUGGAGCAGGCGGAGGCAAAGAUGUUUCCACCGUGUGACCUCCUCCGUAAGUUGCAUACAGUAACCUUGGAUGCUGAAAAGUGUGCUGUGAUGGCCCAGCAACUUCUCAACGGGAAGAGACAGACAAGGUAUCGCUCUGGAGGAGGGAAGACCCAGAGCCAGAAUGAGCUGACUGUGGAGGAGCUGAGGUCCUUUGUCAGUCAGCUUGAAAACCUUCCUUGCAACAUACGUCAGGCUCCGUUACUGAAAGAUCUCCUGACUCGGGUGGAUGACUUUCAGCAAUGCAGCGAAAGGCUGCUCUCUGAUGAUUCUCCCAGCCCGUCAGAGCUGCAGGGCUUAUUGGAUGUUAGUCUGAGCCUGGACGUGGAACUGCCCCAGCUACCCCUGCUGAGGGAGAGGCUAGAGCAGGCCCGCUGGCUGGACGCAGUGCAGCUUGCUAGCAGCAGGCCUGACAGCCUGUGUCUUGACACCAUGAGAAGGCUCAUAGAUCAAGGUGUGGGCUUGGUCCCUCAUAGUUCUGUGGAGAGGGCCAUGGCACGCCUGCAGGAGCUGCUGACUGUGUCAGAGCAAUGGGAGGAGCGGGCGCUUGGCCUCAUGGAAGCCAGGCCAUGUCAUUGCCUAGAAACUCUUGAGGCAGCCCUUCAGGAGGUGGAGAACAUCCCUGCUUAUCUACCUAACUGUUUGCAGCUGAAAGAUGUUGUCCUCAAGGCCAAGAACUGGCUUCAAGAGGCUGAGGCGCUCCAGUUGGGGGGGCGUAUACCUGUGCUGCACAGUCUCUCUGAGUUGGUGCUCAGAGCAGAGGGUAUCCCAGUGUGGCUUGAUCCCCUGGGUCGACUGAAGGCUCUAGUUGCUGAUGUACAGACCUGGAAGGAAAGUGCAGCGAAAACAUUCCUAGUGAAGAACUCCCCUUUUUCCCUGCUAGAGGUGCUCUGCCCUAGAUGUGAUGUGGGAACAGGGCUUCAGAAGACUAAAACAAAAAAGACAAAAGAGGUUAUGCAGAUCAGCAGAAAAAAUUCAACCAAACUGGACUCUCUAAGUGACGUGGAAAGAGCUCUUUAUGACAGCAAGGACUCUGCUUCUGCUAUGGUUACUCUUGCUGAGGUACGUCAGAAGGAGAUGGAGAUGUUGUUGGCUCUGAGGGCUUCAAAUGAGUCUAAGCUUCUUCCUGCUGAAAAUUCCUCUGGGCUAAGUGUGUGUGUUUGCCACAAGGCCCCUUCAGGUGCCAUGGUGCAGUGUGAGCUUUGUCAUGAAGCUUUCCACUGUGGCUGUAUCACAACAACUGUUGAUCUCCAACGUGACAUAGCUUGGCUCUGCCCACUUUGCCAGCGAUCAAGAAAACCCCCUCUGGACAGGGUUCUGCCCUUACUUGCAUCACUGCAGAGGAUCCGGGUUCGACUGCCAGAAGGGGAUGCUCUUCGCUUCCUGAUUGAGAGGACGGUGCGCUGGCAGCACAGAGUUCAGCUUUCAUGCACAGAGGACAUGCUGGAGGAAGUUUCUGACAUGGCCUGUGGGAAAGCGAGGCACUGGCCCAGGAUGUCCUUAUAUGUGACUCAGGAAACAAGUGAUGUGUCGUUCUACAUUGAGCAUCCAUCCAUUCCACUCCAGGGCCCUGAGCUGGAGGAGCUGAUGGUGGAGGGGUUCCUGCUGCAGGUCACGCUGCCUGAGACACAGCAGCUGUACAGAUACCUGGUCCAUAAACUGGCUAAACCACCGCCUGAUAGCCCCACAUAUGGCAACAGCACAACAAAGGACCAACAACACCACCACCAUUCUCACAGGAGCCCCAAACACACUCAGAAGGGAACUUCCUGUGUCAAAAAAGAGACAUUGAACCUUCAGAGCAAGAGGACCAAACGACGCAAGGAAAGUUCAGAAUCACAGCAAAGCGACAAAGCCAAGAAAUCUCGAAAGAAAAGCUCAAAGAAAAGCAAAGACAGGAGGGAAGGAGCCACAAGGCCCUGCUCUCCAACCAGCGCACUGUCUGAGCCUGUUCCAUCAGAUUCAGAAGAGGACUACUCGCUGUGCGCUGCACCCUGGUGCAGGGAGCCUGAGGCCGAUGAGGUGAACUGGGUCCAGUGUGAUGGUAGCUGCAACCAGUGGUUCCACCAGGUGUGUGUAGGACUGUCUUCUGAACAAGCGGAGAAGGAGGACUAUAUCUGCAUCAGCUGUACGCAGCCAGACUACGUCAGGGGGGAAUAAAGACCAAAAAUCUACUCUGAAGGAUCAGUAGAUUUGUUACAGGCCACAGCUCGUGCGCAUAUUGGAACUUUGUGCCAUGUGGCGCCCCCUUUUUACAGUUUGACUUGCCCUUACUGACUAUGGUGCUAUUUACUUUUCCAGAAUUGCAAAUUAAUUUUGUCACUGUUUUUUCCAAAACCUUGUGAGACUUGAUGCAGAUUGUAAAAAAACAAAAACAAAAAAAACAAAAACAAAAAAAUGAUUUGAGAAUUGACAGUGCAGGGAUUUUUUUUUCAACCAAAAAUGUCAAUUUGACCACACAUUUUUGAACACCCUGGAUUUUUUUACAUGCAUCUGAAAAAUGUGAAUCUUUAUCUUGUAGAGUUUAUUAUUUAUCUGAGCAAUAACUGAACUUGUUAAUUGAAGUUCGGUUUUCACAUUAAGCUGUAUUUGUGCUUGGAAAUUCAUUUGGUAGGAUGUUCUUGAGGAAAAAGUUGAACUCUGACAGAUGUUGACUUCAUGAUGUUACAGGUCAGUCAGUAUUCGUCAACAUGGAUGACUCUCCAGAGUCCAAACCGAGGAAUGGUGACGAUGAGAUGCAGGAUUCAGACUUCCUCACCUAUUUGUUUUGAUACAGCUGGUGUUGACCAGACGUUUUGACUAAACCCUUUUAAAAACACUGAUACGUCAGGUCUCCAGGUAAUGGAAUGGAGUAGUUCUUCAGUUUUACCGAGGGGGUACCUUUUAGUCUUGGAUCCCUAGUUUCUAGCUGUGGGAGGUGCUUGCUCAUGUUCACAGCACUGGGCUGGGCUGCCCCACGUUGUUGGAGUGUUAAGUUCUGUUGUAGGGUGUUUCCCCCCCUUUAAGAGCUAGGAUGAAAAUAUUGUGUGUUGGACUUAGAUUUAACACAGACUGUGUGAUUUAACUGCCACGGGUAUAUGACCUUCUGCUCCUUUGGGUAAAUAAUAUAAUUUCUAUGUUGCAGUUUGCAUUAUAAAUUAAAAAGUUGUU